AUGGAAGGGGAGAGUAAGACAACGGCAGAUAUGAAAAGAGAGAAAUGUAGCGUGAGCAGGGAUAACAAGAGCAGUGUGUCUGAGUUCCUCCUCCUGGGGCUCCCCAUCCUGCCAGAGAAGCAGGGCAUGUUCUUCACCCUUUUCCUGAGCAUGUACCUGAGCAUGGAGCUCAUCAUCCUGCUUACCAGGCUGGACUCUCACCUCCACACCCCCGUGUACUUCUUACUCAACCACUUGUCUCUCACUAAUGUCUCAUUUUCAUCUGUCACUGUCUCUAAGCUGCUGAUGAACAUGCAGACUCACUGCCAAUCUAUCACUCACACAGGAUGCAUUUUGCAGGUGUAUUUCUUUAUAAUAUUUGUUUGCCUUGAUAGCUUUCUUCUUGUAGUGAUGGCAUAUGACAGGUAUGUGGCCAUCUGUCACUCUCCCCACUACAUCAUCCUGAGGGUAGAGCUCUGUGUUUUGUUGGUGAUUGGGUCCUAGGUCCUCGCCUAUGCCAUUGCCCUGUCACAUACACUCUUACUAGUCCCAUUCAUGAGGAGUGAGAACCAGAGUAGAGUGUUUGAAUUCCUCCUCCUGGGGCUCCCCAUCCAGCCGGAGCAGCAGGGCAUGUUCUUCACCCUCUUCCUGGGCAUGUACCUGACCACAGUGCUGGGGAACCUGCUCAUAAUCCUGAUCAUCAGGCUGGACUCUCACCUUCACACUCCCAUGUACUUCUUCCUCAGCCACUUGGCCUUCACUGAUGUUUCUUUCUCAUCUGCUACAGUUCCCAAAAUGUUGAUGGACAUGCACACUGAUCACAAGUCCAUCCCCUUCACAGGGUGCAUUUCUCAGAUGUAUUUUUUCAUACUCUUUGGUUGUCUUGACAAUUUCCUUCUUGGGGUGAUGGCAUAUGACAGGUAUGUGGCUGUCUGCCACCCAUUGCACUACACCACCAUCGUGAGGCAGGAGCUGUGUGUCUCGUUAGUAGCUGGGUCCUGGUUCUUCUGUUGUGAACAUGCCCUGUUGCACACCUUUCUCUUGGUCCAACUGUCCUUCUCUGGUGACAAUACCAUCCCUCACUUCUUCUGUGACCUCCCUGCUCUCCUGAAGAUGAGCUGCUCAGACACAUCCCUCAAUGAGCUGGUCAUCUUCACAGAGGGAGGAAUGCUUGUCAUCCUGUCUUUGAGUAGUGUCUUGGGCUCUUAUAUCCAGAUAGGUACCACUAUCCUUAAGGUCCCCUCCACUAAGAGAUUCUGCAAAGCCUUUUCUACUUGUGGCUCCCAUCUCUUUGUGGUGUCUUUAUACUAUGGGACCAUUGCAGGCCUUUACUUUUUUUCCUCCUCAUCCAUCUCCAAAGAUAAAGACAUAAUUGCUUCUGUGAUAUAUAUGGUAGUCGCCCCAAUGCUGAACCCCUUCACCUAUAGCCUGAGGAACAGAGAUAUGAAACAUGCCCUAGAAAUAUUUGUUAAUAGGGUUAAGAUUUUUAUCACACAAUCACUAAAUCUAUAA